UGUUAGUAAUCGUCAACUCUUUGGACCUCGCCAUUUUCAGGGAGGCAUCUCACUCCUGCGGACUUGCUGCUCCCGAGGAUCGACACUUUGAAGACAUCCCAUUUUGGAAUAAGAUUUUCUUUUCUUCAUUCCGUCCUCCGUGUCUUUUUUUUUCUACCUCCUAACUGUUAUGUGACUUUUUUUUUUCCUCGAUAGUCUUGCUCUUUUUUAAAACGCUGAAUAUUUCAACGAAGUCCUGCAUAAACUCUGCGCACAACCAGUGAUGACAUCCAAAGAAGUGGCCAAAUGUGAUGCAGUGGAAAACAGGAGGCGAAGUCCACUGGACCACUUGCCGCCUCCUGCCAACUCCAACAAGCCGUUGACCCCCUUCAGCAUCGAGGACAUCCUGAACAAGCCGUCUGUGAAACGAAGUUACACAAUUUGCGGCACGGCUCAUCUAAUUUCGUCCUCUGAGAAGCACCGUCCGUCCAGCAUCCCUCUGUCCAGCCGCGCUCUCCUCACCCAAACCUCCCCGCUCUGCGCGCUAGAGGAGCUGGCCAGCAAGACCUUCAAAGGGCUGGAAGUCAGCGUUUUACAGGCAGCGGAAGGCCGGGACGGGAUGACUCUGUUCGGCCAGCGAAGCACCCCGAAGAAGCGUCGGAAGUCUCGAACGGCGUUCACCAAUCACCAAAUCUACGAGCUGGAGAAGCGCUUCCUGUACCAGAAGUACCUGUCCCCGGCCGACCGGGACCAGAUCGCGCAGCAGCUGGGCCUGACGAACGCGCAGGUCAUCACGUGGUUUCAGAACCGGAGGGCCAAGCUAAAACGGGACCUGGAGGAGAUGAAGGCCGACGUUGAGUCGGCCAAGGCCGUCGGCCAGGUCCCCUUGGAAAAGCUCGCCAAGCUGGCAGACCUGGAGAAAUGCGCCAACGGCACGCUGGGCCACCCGCGAGGAGAGUCCCCCGCGCGGGGCGGCCAGCAGGAGCACGAGCUCGCUCAGAAACUGCGGACGUCGCCGCUGUCUCCGUUCUCAGACCACACAACUAGUAAAGAGUGCUCAGAGGACGAGGACGUGGAGAUUGAUGUGGAUGACUGAUGGCGCAGCGUGAGGCUGGAAGGUCGAGAAACACAAAAAGACGAUAAAAACAUCCUACCGAGGACUUGUAACUAACUGCUUAUAUUGUAUACCAUAUCUCAGAACAUGUACCAAAAUGUAUGACUUUUAUAUCGGCACAGAUAGACCUAUUCAUAGUGAAGCAUGAACACGGAACAAGAAAUAUGCAGUGGUAUUUUACAAUGUAUUCGUUAGCAAACUGUUACUUCUUGCAAUCAAAGCAAUAUGGUCUAAAAUGACGUGAGUAAUUUAUUAUUUUUUUACACUAUAGGCCAACACGCGCGCGCGCGCACACACACACACACACACACACACACACACACACACACACACACACACACACACACACACACACCUGUUCCAUCGCUUUUCCUAUAAGGCCUACCCUCACACACCACUAUGAAAGUGCUCCAGUUUUUCAUAUUUUUUGCAUGUAAAUGCAUGAUUUGAUUUGUGAUCAUUAUCUAUUUAUUUUUACUUCAUUAUUCGUUUUUUUUAUUUUUAUUUAAUUGUUUUCUGCGAGCCUAAUCGCCAUUAAGUCACUUUGUUCACUGCCGGCUCUCAUCCUCCUCCUCCUCCUCCUCCUCCUCCUCCUCCUCCUCCUCCUCCUCUUCCUCCUCCUCCUGUGACUGUGACCCUGAGUUCAUAUUCGGCGUCCCGAUGCUGCAGUGCAUGAUGAUGAUGAUGAUGAUGAUGAUGAUCGGAAAGACAAACUCGGACAUUCACAGUUGUGCGUUUCAAGGGAAUGCUGAAGCGAUGGCGAGAAACAAAAGUGAAUAUUGCGGUGAUUUUGACGAGCUAUAUGCUACUUUUUAGAUUUAUUGUUUGGAUACAAUAGAUUUACAGUUAUAAAUUUGUUAUGUUUUGUACACCUGUAAGUGCCUUUCUAAAAUCAGGACAUUAUUUGAAAACCAAUGCACAGACUGUAAUGUAUAUAGGCUACUAUGGGAAUAAAAUGGCUUUUCUGAAUAUA